GGCGGCCACGUUGACGUACGAUUCAGCGCUCAAUGCUGCGUCUACGUACGUAAGUCUGUGUCGAGGUCCGCUGACGGUUCCUUCAGUCAGACGUUUGGCGGCUGCCUGGACGGAAAGGACGUGCAGUAAUCCCACUUAGACAGAACAACAUAAAAUCAUGCUGCUUCGCAGAGUGAGCCAGUCUUCCGGCCUGUGUAACACCAUUCUCCGGAUUCCUCCCGUGCUAACCGGAGGUCAGCGUCAGACCGCGGUUGUGUUUCUUGGGCAAAACGCUCGUCUCUACGCAAGCCAAGCAGCCGAGGCGGUGCUGGAGAAGCCUGCAGCAGUCGCCAGUGAUGCUGCCACCAAAGUGGAAAAGAAGACCGCUGCUGCUGAAUCCAAAUCAUUUGCUGUCAACAUUUUCAAGGGGCAGAUUGCAACUUCACAAGUUUUUCCCUUCCCCAAAGUCCUCAAUGAGGAGCAGGAGCAGUUCCUUCGAGAGCUCGUGGGGCCAUGCAGCAAAUUUUUUGAGGAGGUAAAUGAUCCUGCCAAGAACGAUGCCUUGGAGAAGGUGGAGGAUCACACCAUGGAGGGCCUGAAGGAGAUGGGUGCCUUUGGUCUGCAGGUGCCAGCUGACCUGGGCGGCGUCGGUCUCACAAACACUCAGUACGCUCGGCUGGUUGAAAUCGUUGGCGGUCACGAUUUGGGCGUCGGCAUCACUCUGGGCGCGCACCAGUCUAUCGGUUUCAAGGGAAUUCUGCUUUAUGGGAAUAAAGAACAGAAGGAGAAAUACCUCCCUAAGCUUGCCACAGGCGAGCACAUCGCUGCUUUCUGUCUGACUGAACCAGCGAGCGGUUCUGAUGCUGCCUCUAUCAAAACCACUGCCGUCCAGUCCCCCUGCGGAAAGUAUUUCACUCUCAAUGGAAGCAAGAUCUGGAUCAGCAAUGGAGGUUUGGCUGAGAUCUUCACCGUGUUCGCCAAGACACCCUUGAAGGACCCCAAGACUGGUGAGGUGAAGGACAAGAUCACGGCUUUUGUUGUGGAGAGGAGCUUUGGAGGAGUGACAAAUGGCCCUCCGGAGAAGAAAAUGGGCAUCAAGGCUUCCAACACGGCCGAGGUCUACUUUGACAACGUACAAGUGCCGGCUGAGUGCAUGCUGGGCGAACUCGGAGGAGGGUUCAAGGUGGCCAUGAACAUCCUGAACAACGGUCGCUUUGGCAUGGCGGCCGCCCUCUCCGGCACCAUGAAGGGUGUCAUCGCCAAAGCCGUGGACCACGCAGCUAACAGAACCCAGUUUGGCAACAAGAUCCACAACUACGGGACCAUCCAGGAGAAGGUGGCUCGCAUGACUGUGCUGCAGUAUGUCACAGAGUCAAUGGCCUACAUGAUCAGUGGGAACAUGGACAGCGGAGCAACUGAUUUCCAGGUGGAAGCUGCCAUCAGCAAGAUCUUUGCUUCGGAAGCAGCAUGGGCUGUGACAGAUGAGAGUAUUCAGGUUAUGGGCGGCAUGGGUUUCAUGAAGGACGCUGGAGUGGAGAGAGUGAUGAGGGAUCUGAGAAUUUUCCGAAUCUUCGAAGGCACAAAUGACAUCCUGAGGCUCUUUGUGGCUCUCAAUGGGUUCCAGAACGCUGGAAACCAGCUGAAGAGCCUACAGAAAGCCUUGAAGAGCCCCAUCAGCAACGCCAGCAUGCUUGCAGGAGAAAUCACCAAGAGAGCCAAAAGGAGGGCAGGUUUGAGCACAGGUCUGACGCUGCAGGGAACCGUGCAUCCUGAGCUGGCGCAGAGCGGUGAUCUGACAGUUAAAGCCAUCGAGCAGUUUGGAGGGGUUGUUGAGGAGCUGUUGAUCAAACACGGCAAGAAAAUCAUCGAUGAACAGUUUGUUCUCAACAGAGUCGCAGACUGCGCCAUUGACAUCUACGCCAUGGUGGUCGUCCUGUCGAGGGCUUCACGGGCUCUGGGUGAAGGCCACACGUCAGCUCAGCACGAGAAGCUGCUGUGUGAGACGUGGUGUGUGGAGGCUCAUCAGAGGGUCAUGCGGGACAUCAAGUCUCUCCGCUCCAGUCAGUCCAGGAAGCUCUUCAACAACAUGCGAUCCAUCUCUGCAGCAGUGGUGGAGAACGGAGGAGUGGUUGCCCCUCACCCCCUGGGUUUCUAAACACCCUCUCUGUUUUCGGUUCGAUUUUACUGAACAUCUCGUCACGUAUGCCAAGUCCUCCCAGACUUUGAGUUUUUGCCACAAUUCCUCCGUCACACAUCCGUGCCCUUUCAUUGGUAUUGUAUAAGAAAGAUUUGAUGAAGUGAGAUGCAUUUAGAGCCUCAGAAACUGGAUUCUUAUCAGUUUUGGUGCCUCUGUAAAUCGCUUUUUCUGUCAUUUAUUUAUUACAUUCUGCCUCUUUAAGUUUUGAGCUGGACUAAAUCAGCCAGCGAGUCAGAAAAGUCACACAGUGCAGAUUCAGUCCUGCGUGUGUCUAACGGGUGAAACGGGCUUUGAAAUUGUAUCCAAGCCUUCAUGACAUAAGCCCUCAUUGUUUAAUCUGUUAACGCAUCAAGUUAUGCUUCUUUUUUUUUUUGUAAUUAAUAAUAAACUCAACAAUAGCAAUGCAACUUUAAGGCCGGGAGCUCAGCCGAUCAGACUUUAAAGGACAGAUUUUGUGUGUAAAUGUGUAGAAGAGUGUGAUGUUUGCUCAUCAGAGAAACAUAAAUACCAGGAGUAAAAAAACCUUUUGCCUUACAAACCGAUCCAAACAGAGAGAGCUCUCCUGGUAACGCUUCACUGUGUGCUCUUUACUGAUGAUCCCACAUUACGCACUGAAGUCUGUUUCCUCAGCUGAAGGUGUCACUAAACUGUAACUGUAGUGAAUGUACCAUCAUUUGGAUAACUUGUUUUAAUAUUUUUUUUCCUGCCUUAUCGAACGUUUAACAGUAGAAGUCUGUACUGGCUGCUUUUUCUCAGUAAAGUCCAUUUUCUUGAAACAUUU